AUGGCAGACGGUGGAUGCUACCCGGGUGGAGUUCUCCAUCUCAGAGUCUUAGCAUACCUCCCACCGACAGCUGUGCGCACAGCUGUUCGGACAGCGCGGGUGCCUACCCCUGCAGUCGGUGCCCCGGGUGAUGCCGAUUAUGUGGCGCCUGGCGAGCGCGAACUUACUGCAGUUGAAGGCACCCAAGUGGGGUUGAUGUACCAGGUGGCGCUGGCCAAGCUUGGACGACCUCAGGUCGACCCUCUGACUGAUCCGGCUCACGCACCGGUGGGGGCGGGGGGAGGACCACCGGCCAACCCGCCACCGGGUGGGCCGGCCAAUAACCCGGCCAGGAAGGUGAAGAACAGUCAGGUCCUGGAUCAGGCGGACGAAGGGGAGAUCCCGGAACUCACCCAGACCUUGGUUGAAGAGCAUUACAAGGUGCUGAGGAAGGCCAAAGGAGGGCCGGUGAGACCGGAGGCGGAGCCGUCCCCGGACCAAAUAUCGGCCAUGAAGGUCAGGGUCCUGGAUCUUGACCUCCCGCCGUACGCGGACUUCGCCGUCUUCGUUAACUUUCAAGGACGCUUUUCCAGGACUCUGAAGUUCCUCAACCAUAUCCUCCAGCCGGACGGUACUUUCAAAGCUGUGGAAGUACCGGGCCCGCCCAGCUACGAUGCUUGGCUGUCGUCCUGGCGUGUCUACGAGAACACGCUUCUCAUGCUGGAAAAGGACGUGGGCGGGAAUAAGGUGCCGGUAGCCACUGUUGCGGCUAUGGAGGCUUACAAGGAUGCCUUCAGAGAUCUCGUUGUCUGUUACCCGGAGGCGUGGCAUCUCCUGGUGGUGGCGGAGGACCGCUGCCGCGGAGAGCACUUUGUCCGACUCAGGAGAGAGUUGGAAGUGAAGCACGCCAGGGGCCUGACAUACGACUAUGACCCAGAACAACCAUGGAAUGAAGUGUUCCGGGUGGCAUCUCAGGACAGGGAGUUCUGGGAUAGGCACGUCAGGGAGCCAGCCCUUCUGUUCCGUACGGGAGGAAAGCAUCGGGAACAGCCAGGAGGGACUGGCUCGGCUACCGACGGGACAAGCCAGAAGAGCCCUCCCAAGAAGAACAGGAAAUCGCAGAAGGAAAGGCUGAGGGCGCAGUUGGCGAAGGCCAGGGAGGGCAAGGGAGCGACCGCCUCCGAGGCACCCGCCCAGGGAGGAGGAGGUCCGCCGCCAGUUAAAGGCAAGGGCCGAGGUCCCAAAAGAGACGGGCGGGGCCGGUUCCUUACAGACCGCCAAGGCAAGCCUAUCUGCUUCGGUUUCAAUAACGGAGAAUGCAAAGGCGUAUGCCAGAAGGGCAUGGUGCAUGUAUGCCAGGUUUGCCUUGGCUCCCACCCCGCAAAGGAUUGCGGGAAAGGGCCCGCGGCCCCUCCCCCUGGCGCUGGGAAUCCCCUUGGCCCGGCGCAACAAACGGGGGAAGAGGAUGCAAAAGGGGACCGGCCAGUCUUCGAAGAGUUGUUCGCCGGUGAUGCCGGGCUCACGAAGGCAGUGAGCCGGAUAGGGGGUCCCAAGAUCAGAGUCAGGACACCACAUGACGCCAGAUACGGGCAGGACAUAACUCAGGAUGACGAGUUCCUGCAAAUGAUGGAGGCUGAAGCCCCGAGUUGGAGGCACAUGGCUCCCCCAUGCCGGACGUUCACCAAAGCAAGACGCACUGACGAGCACGGCACAGUGAAAGCCCUGAGAUCCAAGGAGAGACCAGAAGGCUUCGGUGACGACCAGACCGUGGAAGCAAACACCAUAACCGAUAGAUGCGUCCUGGCGGAAAAGCAACUUGAUGAGGGGAAGUGGUUUUCAAUGGAAAACCCAGAACCGUCGCUGAUCUGGGAGCUGAAGUCCGUCAGGAGACUUCGGAAACGACCGGAAGUCCGGUUCGUAGGAUUCGAUCAGUGCGCAUACGGUGGCCCCUUCAAGAAGUCCACGGGCGUGCUCACAAAUUGCCCGUGGCUGUUCCACCUGAAACGCUGCGGAGAUGUGCCCAGGCACGCUCACACGACGCUCGAAGGCCGCGUGUGGUCGUACAAGACGGAACAGGAGGUAUGGCUGACGGCAGAAGCCGCAGAGUACCCUACGGGGAUGUGCGAGGCCUGGGCAAAGGGGUGGAUAGACUGGUUACGAGACCAAGAAGCCACGCCCCAACAACCGCGAUACAAGAAAGAAGAAAGGGAGGCGGAGGACGAAGCGUACCCUGGAGGGAUGCGCAACCCCCGCAAGGCUGUGGCAGCCUCUGCGGGCUGGCGCAAGUGGGGCGCUCCUGCGUCACAGGCGCUGGAUGAAGUCCUGUGGGCUAUGCCGGAAGGAUUGGCUCUAGCUGAAACCAUAGGGACUGAAUUGUCGCCCGGAGAUGCCGAGCAGGCCCGUGCAGUCUUGGAAAGAAUGGGGAAGGCAGGCGCCGCAGCCCUUGCUAGGGUAACCGGCGCCACCCAGGACUGGGACGAAAGGGGGCCGACUCGAUGGCGCUGGAAACUCAUCGCAGCGGUAACUGGCUACGCCGGUGACCAGGAUGUCGAUGUUGCCGAAUGGUUUAAAGGCAACACCCCUCUGGGAAUCAACAGCCCAAUAAUCCCAAGAGGCAUUUUCCCACCGUCUCUCCCCACCAAGGCCCAGCGGGACAGCGCUGAAUACUUGGCCUUGAGAGGGACGGAGGUCGAGGUGGACAGCAACUAUAAGUCCUUUCACGAAAACGAGAAGGAGUCGAAGGACGAACUGGCGAGGUUAGUCCGGGAAGGACACCUGGAAAUCAUAGGGCCUUGGAACCAGGUGGUCCACCGAUGGCCAGAUGCCAGGGGAACCAAACUAGCGACGCUAGUCAAGGUCAAGGCAGAUGGAUCAACCAAGACCCGGUUCAUCGCAGACAUGCGCCGAUCGGGAAUUAACGGCCUAUCGUCCGCAGAGGAGCGCAUCAUCCUACCGCGGGGCAGUGAUUUGAUGCGGGACGCCCUCGACAUCAUGGAGGUCAACGGGCAGGAGAUAGAGUUCUUCUCUGCGGACAUCUCGGACGCUUUCCUCAACUUGGGCGUCCAAGAAGAGGAAAGGGGCUUCGCGGUAGUGCGAACUGCCGAGGGUGAGUACGCGUCGUAUCGCGGUGUCCCAUUCGGUCUUGCCACGGCCCCGCUUUUAUGGGGGAGGUCGGCCGCGUGGCUCGGCCGGGCAACCCAGGCCAUACUGGGCCCGUGGGAGGGGCGGACGCAGAUCUAUGUAGACGAUCCCAUCAUCACGCUGAGUGGAAACCGGCCCCAUCGCAGCCACCUCAUUGCCAAGAUCCUAAUGUUGUGGAGCGCCUUUGGAGCGCGAGUGGCCCUCCACAAGGCAUCCAGAGGGCACGAAGUCAAAUGGAUCGGGGCUCAAUUCCGGGUAUUCCCCGGGGGGGUGGAGGUAGCAAUAGACAAGGACAGGAUAGACAAGCUGCUGAAGGUCACCCAGCAAGGGCUGGGGCGUCAAGGGCUGGUAUACAACAUCAGAAGCUUAGCUGGGGAGCUAAGCUGGGUGGCAGGAAUCGUUCCCUCUGUACGCCCGUUUGUCAACAUGAUCUGGGCCGCCACCUACGCAAUGGACAAGCCGCAGCCUUGGUUCAGCAAGGACGGAUGCGUCCACAACAGGGCUGGGAGGCAUCUUACUCGAUACCCACGGGACGCCAAUCCGCGGUGGGCUUGCCCGAUACCUGAAAAGGCACUCCGUCACCUGCGCAUCGAACGAGGCGUCCCAGGCCUGAUGACAGUCUACGAACUGCUAGCCCUCCUCAUCUCAAUCAUCAUUUGGGGGGAUCGCAUCAGGAACUGCCGCCUUGGCAUUACAGCCCAGCUCGACAGCGAGUCUGCCCUCAGCGUGGCGGUCAAGCUCGCAUCACCCAACCCGAAGGCCAACUUGCUGGCAGCCGAAUUGGCCCUCCGGGUGGAACAACUUGGGUUGGAAGCCUUGUUCGGCCAGCACUGGCGCAAUACCAUAAACCUGGAAGCCGAUGCUCUCUCCAGACUGGAGGAAGGCAAAUCGGUUCCACCACGACUCAGGCCGCUACCACGAGACGAGGUUCCCACCAAGGACAUGUUCCUGCUGGGCGACCUCUAUUUUGACCCUUGGCUGCCCAAGCAUGGGCCAGACGACCUACGUGUCAGCAAGGCCAGGGAUGCAAGAGAGAGGGAAGCAUGCCGUGGCAUCCCUGGACAUCCGGGCGAGGCGCCCGCUGACACCAGAGGAAUGGAUGGAACCGGAAAGCCGUGGAUCCUAGAGUGGGUCCUGACGGAAAGGGGGUUGCGGGAAUACCUCGGCAUGGCCCCGCAAUCCCAUGGCGAAGGGGCCGGAAGUGACCAGACCGGCCAGGCCCCGGAAGUUGAGGAAGCCGAGGCAGAACCGCCCCCGGGCGGGCACCGCCCCCGCAAGGGCAGGAGGGACCGGGAAGAUCCCCCGGGAGACGAGGACCGGGAAGGAUCCCCGCCGGAAAGGGACCAUGGGUCCGAACUGGGCUUGGCCGAUGCCGCCCCGAUCUGUUGCUCUUGCGGCAAGGGCGGAGCCAGGGCGAUGAAUCACAGCAUCCGGCUGGACCACGCCACCAUGGUGACACGACCGCUGGGAAGUCGAAGCCGCCACCACGUGGGCAUAUGCGCAGGCAGGCUCCCGUCCACGGAGGAUGGCCGCAACAGGGCAAGACCCGCUCUGCCCGCCGGAGGCGCAGGGUCGGGAGCCCCGCCCUCGGCCCGUGGCACUCACCAGCCACCGGCCAGGAUGAUGCCGGAUCUCACCCCGGCAGCGGGCAGGCGAACCAGAAGCCGCACGCCGCCGCGCGAGCGGAGUCGCACUCCGGCCGCCAGCAGGAGCGGCAUCCCGCCGGGAGCGAGCGGGAGCCGCAGCGCUCCUGACAUCGACCGAGACCGCCACGAGGACUCCGACGACGACUCGGAAGGCACGGAGGAGGAGGAAGCGGAGCACGACCACUACGAUGAAGAAGAAACGGACCGAUGGGAUUCCGGAAGAGGGCGAGAACGACUUCCCGAGCCUCCUAGACCCCCCCCGAGAGGGAAGGGGGACCAUCCGGCUUGGGACUGGCACGUGUGUGACGUGCGCGGUUGCAACCGACCGUCCCGUGGAGGAGACAGCGUCUGCUGCGACCCGUGCGUGCGCACCCAUGGCAGGGACCACACGUUCAACUGCGACGCCAGGGUGCGCGAAGCACAGGGGCCCGCGAGGGGACCAAACCGCAAAGGUGGCGGAGCCGGAGGACCGGGAGGAAAGGGGGGCGGCCCCGGGAGCGGACGGCGACCGGACGGAAGGCCCAAACGUAAGAAGCCGGGAAAAACAGCCCGGGACCGAGAACGCAACAUGUUCCGGAAAGGUGGAGGACGCUCGGGCAAGAGCGGAAAGGGCCGACCCUUCUCGGCUCAAGAUUUCCGCCGAGCCCUCUCGCUGGGGACAGCUGCGUCCACGGUCCGCUCCCAGACCUCCCGCCUCAAGACGUGGGACAAGGCACUGGAGGAUCUGGAAAGCAAGGGGCUCUUGACGUUGCCCGAAGACCGGUGCCGCUUGAGCCCGGAGACCGCCAAAGCCGGUGUGGCAUACCUCAGGUCACGAGGGUAUAGGUCGGCGGAACUCUACCUCAGUUCGGCAGUAACCCGGCAUAAGAGCCGCUACGACAUGAGUGGCCCCUUACAAAGCGCACACCAGGAGGCCGUGCGCAUCAGCCGCCGGGGGGUCGGACCGGCCCGAGGGAAGCAACCCAUACCGAUGCCGCCGCCCCAUACCCCCCACUUCGAGGCGCUAUCGGUGGGGAUUUGGUUCCUGCUCCGAGUUUCCGAGCUCACCUCUUUAAAUGUAGGGGAUGUCCGCCAACGGACCGGCUCACGGUUCCAGGUCGGACUGUGGAUACGGAGCUCGAAGACGGACCAAGAGGCGGCAGGCUCCCUGGUGUGCAGGGACUGCGUCUGUGAAGACCCCGCAGCCGCCCCAUGGUGCCCGGCCCACCUACUCUGGAAAACCAUAUGCAGCCGUAAAGACGCCAUGAGUGAGGUGGGGACGGUUUCGGGGCAGGCACCCUUGUUCGUAGACGUUGGGGGCCGGAGGAUCACAGCGGGUGCCGUUGGAGAAGCAGUCCGGAUGGUGGCCAGCAUGGCCGGAUUGCCGAUGAAAACAGAAGGAGCCUGGCUGCACGGCACCCACUCACUAAGGGUGACGGGUGCCAUACUGGGAUUCGCCGCCGACCUCACGGAGGAGGAAGUUCGAGUGCUGGGAAGGUGGACCAGCACCAAGGCCAUGAGGAAUUACCUCCGUGGCACCCCGGUGGUGAAGUCAUCCGCGGCGUCAAUCCCAAUGGCAAGAGCCCUCACCCAAGGAGUGAUGGGGGACUUGGCCGGCGCGCACUUUCGCGAAGCGCUGGAAACGGCCCCGGGACCUGAGGUGGGACCGGAGAAACCGGCAGGACCGGAAGGAGGCAUGGCAGUCCGCCACAACCUGACAGGAAUCAUCCAUCGGGCUGGAGUUAUGACCGGCCCGCCAGCUGGAUGGACCACGUGGUGUGGCUGGCGGUGGGCGACCGCCGGGUGUGCCGGCGCCUUCAGUGGCACAGAUGGAACACCAUGCAGCCGAUGCUACGAUACCAGGACGUGA